AUGGCCGCCAAUAACCAUUCAACCACAACCCCUUCUCCAAGCCCUGGCCCAACUGGGCUAUCAUCUUCGCCGAAUACUGCCACUUCAGUCAUCAGUGGAACGAAACGAAAGCGCACUUCAGCUACAAAAUUUUAUGCCGUUAAGGAAGGUUUUCGUCCCGGUGUAUAUUAUAAUUGGAAUGACUGCCUAGCUCAGGUUACGGGAUUCAAGGGGGCUGUCUUUCAGUCGUUCCCAUCCUUGGAAGAGGCAAACUCCUUCCUCACAGGCCAAAAAGUGUCUUCACGCAAUGGAGCCGCAUCCGCCAAUAACGAAGCUACGCGAUUUUACGGUGUGCAGCGAGGACGAGUUCCAGGUGUCUAUUCGAACUGGGCGGAAGCUCAACAACAGAUCAGGGGUUUCACACGACCUCGGUACAAAAAGUUCGAUACUCGCAAGGAAGCAGAGGAAUUUGUAAGGAUGGGCCAAGAUAAUGGAAGUAUCACCGCUUCUACACAAGAAGUUCCCGGCAUGACCUCUUCAAAUCCGUCAGACGAACUUCCAGCUGGAUUGACGCCUCUACCGCCCGGUGCUGAAGACGGAUUUGACCCGAAUGUACUGUUCGAGCCAUCUACGGGCAAAGUAGUGUACAAGGCGCCUGAUCAGAAGGCAGCAUUGAAGUCAAAGCCGGCCGGCCCUCCUGGGAUGCUUCGCAUAUACACUGAUGGAAGCUCACUGGGUAAUGGAUCUAAAAUCGCACAGGCUGGUGUGGGUGUUUAUUUUGGACCAAAUGAUACAAGGAAUGUCUCUGAGCCACUGAAGGGCACUCGCCAGACAAACCAACGUGCCGAGUUAACAGCAAUCAUCCGAGCGCUCGAAAUAGCACCGCGACAUCGACCUGUCACAGUUGUCACGGACAGUCGCUAUGCCAUCGACUGCGUGACGAAUUGGUUUCGCAAAUGGAUCCGCAACAACUGGCUAACAUCAGACAACAAACCGGUCGAAAACAAGGAUCUCAUCCAAUCCAUACUUGUCAAGAUUAAUGAGCGCGAUUCUCUAAAAGUCACGACUACUUUUGAAUGGGUUAAAGGACACAAUCGUGAUCCUGGGAAUGAGGAGGCAGAUAAGUUGGCUGUUGAUGGUGCUAGGAGAGGGGUGAUGAAGACUCCCUCAGGUCUCAAAGCAGCAGAUGCCGAUGAUUUUGACCUUCCUGAUGAGCUCGCAGAUGAUAUUGACGAUGUUUGA